CAUCAACUAGUCAAAAUGAAGACACUAAUAUCGAAGACAAAAUUGGAGAGAAAUCUGAAAACAAAGACAAAGAGUGCAUUACAAAAUAUUUUGCAAUCAGUCCGGAAGGAGACUUUGUUGUUGAAUUUGAAGUAAAAGGAGAAUUCAAAUUACAAGUAUAUCUUAUUGAAUCAGAUGGUGAUUUAAUUACAGAAAAUGACAAAAAAUUGCCACACAAGAAGCUUACUCCUAUUCCUACCAAAUUUGAAUCUGCUGGUAAACCACCGCUAAACUCAUUUAAAAAUUUUAAAAAGGCUAGGUGGUCUAUUGCAGUGUCAGACAAAUUAACUAACACAUCGGAGAGAUUAUUAGCAAUAUCUUGUAGCGGCUUUAGGGACAUGGUGCGUUAUAACGACGGCUCUAGCACCGUGAUGCCGAAAGAAAUUCCUAAAAAUGGACACACCUCAGAAUUUAUUAUUAACCAAAUUAACGAUAAUUAUUCAGUUAGUUUUAUUGAUUAUACGAUUAAAGAUGGUGGAAUAGUCAAAUUAUUCCCUAAACAAGACCAUAUAAUUAAUCAAAUGACCGAAAAAGAUAAACAAACAAUAAAAGAAAGCAGUAAAAAUGUUGAUGAACACUUUUUGAUUCUCUUAAAAAUUUCAGGGAUCUACAAGUAUCAUAUCGAUAUGAAUAAAUCUAUUAGUAACAUACAAAAAUUAAAAUAUCCAAGAAGACUAUACAAAGUCAUGAUUAAUAAUAUACUUUUUUUUGAGCGUUCAUAUAACCUUUUUGUUGAGCGUGCAUAUAACUUUACAUACGAAUAUAUUAAACUCUGCUUAAAUAGGCAUUAUUUUUUGGUUGAUACUAUGGACAUUAACUACAUAGAACUUUAUGAUUUAAGGACAAACCAAUUAGUAAAUACUUUUCAAAGACAAAUUUUAAUAAAAUCGAUCUUGGUUGAUAUUCCUACUUCAUAUGCAAUAUCAAAAAAUAGCAAAUUAUUAGCAUAUGUAUCCUCAUCCAUUAAAGGGAUCAUAAAAUAUUCGAUUGAAUGUAGUCUUAAAAUAGCAGAGCUUGCAAAUAUUGUAGAUCUAAAAAGAUAUGAUGAUCAAAUAUUUAUUAAUUUUUUUUACAAUGACGAGAUAUUAUUUAUAUAUUAUUUAAAAGAUGAAUGGACAGUCUGGAAUAUUUUCGGUUCAUUACGAGAUUCUGUUAAAUUAAAGAAUCCAAGAUUUAUUUUGGAACUUCCACAAGAGGAACAAGGUGAUAUUUAUGACUUUUAUAAAGUAGAAAAAUCAAAUUCAUUCAUAUUUGUUAAUGAAGCCAUAUUUGUUAAUGAGGGUAACAAUCUGGCUAUUUAUGAUAAUUUGAUCAUAGAAACGUAUUUGAAACUUUUAACAAAAAAUGAACAAGAUUGGAAUCAACCAAAAGAAUUUUGGUGGUUUAAACAUGAUAAUAAGAUCCGAAAUCUUCGCGAUGAAGAAUCAGAAUUAGAUGAAUAUUAUCAUAUGCUUGAACCCUGGUGGCCACAAAGAAUGUCGUCAUUGUUGUCAAAAGAUUUGGGACGUUCGCAAUAUUCGUUCGUUCUUGAUGAAAAAAAAGAAAAAUUGCUAUUAAUUGGAAACCAUUCAAUUCAAGUUUGUUUUGUGUUGGACUUAGAAAAAUGGGGACAUAAAAUAAUACAAUUUGAACAGUUUCUUUAUGAGGAUCAAAAAUUAAAAUUCAAUAUCAUCAUAAAACAAACACGAAAGAUAAUAUUAAGGUUUAUUAGAUUGCAUUCAACUGCUUGGCGGCUGUUAGAUUUUCGCUUUGGUUUAAUGAAUAUUCUUAUUGAAACGGGGGAUUAUGAGCUUGUAAAUGACAUUUUAUCUUUUGGAAAAUCGAUUCAUAUACCUCAAAAUUUUUCUUGGUCAGGUGAAAACAAUACUAUUCGUACUGCAUUUUCAGAAUAUUAUUCUAAUAACGCACUUGAAAAUAUUGGAUGGAUGAAUACAGUUGUCGAUAUCAUACCAGAAUUAUAUGAGAGUUAUGAAAAAAAGAGCGAAAAAAGAAAAGGCGUCAUACAGAAAUUAUUUAAUAAUAAAAGGAAUGGAAAAGAAAAAGAUGAUAAUAUUUAUGAGGAUGUAAUGGAUUCUAAAUCUGAAUCUUACGCAUAUCAUGUUCAAAAAUUAUUUUGUAAUCCUUGUUUUUGUAACAAGCCACUGGAUUUAUUAACUUUCGAAUUUCUUAAAAUUUCUCCAUCAAAGUUAAAUGAUUUAUUAAAAGUUUUUAUACCUAUAACACAGUUGAUUCCACAUGAUUCCGAGUUGGAUUUACAAGAAAUCGAUUAUGAUAAAAUUGAUAAUAUUCGAAUGGUUCCUUUAACAGAUUUCACAACAACGAGAGGAUCAUUAUCAUAUGAAAGAGAAAGCAAACUUAAACGUUUUCUAAAACUUUUAAUUUUUCCUAGCCAAUAUAUAUCUUAUGAGGAUUUUAAAGAGGAGGAUUGCAGUCCCUUUAUUAGACUCAUUACGGAACUCAUAAAAAAGGAUGAAUUUGAGAUUUUAUGUGAAAACCCAUCUAUGGGAGCUGUCAUGAAUUGGAUGUGUCAAUCUCCGACAACGUAUGAAAUUACUAAUGGAAAUGCAGUUUAUACUAUGACCGGAGAGGUAUCAGAUAAUCCAUUUUCAAGUAUUAUUGGUGCUAUACUUGCAGUAUAUGAUUGGUCAUCAAUUUCAUUAGAUACAUGGAAUUUUUGGCCACUUACUAUAAUUAGUGUAAUUGGCAGUUUUUUUUUUGUGAUGAUAAUGCAAAAUUUAAUAAUUUCAUUCAUGAGCGACGCUUUUUCUGAUGCAUCCAAAGAUAGUAAACGUUUUGUAUACGGUUUUCAAGUUGACUUGAUUCGUGAUUUUGCUCUUCUUAAAAGGUCAUUAGAAUUUAAUUACUUAGAUUCCAAAUUUAAGGAUAAACUAAGAGCAAAAUAUAUCUGCUUUUAUGAUGAUCCAUCUAUUACGAAGUCAUGGAAUAAAAAAUCAGAAAAAAUGAAAAUCAAACCAUACCCUAAAAUGCCGAAGUUGCGUAAGAGAGAAUUUAAAUCUUGGACAGUUGAAAAGUGUGAGUUUAUUUGGAAAAAAGAGGAAAAAGAUAAAGUGGCCUUAAAGUUAACUGAAGAAGAAAUCGAAGAAAGUAAAGAUCAAGAGUAUCGGAACUUUGAAGAUUUAGAAAUACAGAAAGAUACGGAAUCAUUUCCAUACUCUCUUAUUAACCAGUAG